AGGAGCGGCCGGAGACGCGUGCAGCCCGCCCGCCAGCGCCCGGCAGCCGGGCAGGUGGGAACCCGCGCGGGAGUCGAGCCGACGCGAGCCGGAGCCGAGUCCGAGCGGAGCCCGGGCGGAGCCCAGGAGCCUCGUUCGCGGGCGGCCCGUGGGCGACAGCCGGGCGGGGCGGGCGCCGGCGGGGCGGCCCCCCAGUAAGAUGUGCGCGGCGCCGCGGGGCGCCCCCCACUCACAGCAGCGCUCGGGAGCCGGGCAGCUGGGCCAGGCGGCGCCUCAGGGGCUGCUGCGCGCCCGCGCCUAGAGCUGCCGCCCCAGGGAGCCCACCACGGCCGCGCCCCGGGUACGCUCGGCGGCGCCCAACGAUGACCGCUCCCUGGCGGCGCCUCCGGAGUCUGGUUUGGGAAUACUGGGCCGGGCUCCUCGUGUGCGCCUUCUGGAUCCCAGACUCGCGCGGGAUGCCCCACGUCAUCCGAAUUGGAGGAAUCUUUGAGUAUGCAGACGGCCCCAACGCCCAGGUCAUGAACGCUGAGGAACAUGCCUUUCGAUUUUCUGCCAACAUCAUCAACAGAAACAGGACUCUGCUGCCCAACACAACCUUGACCUACGACAUCCAGAGGAUUCACUUCCAUGACAGCUUUGAGGCCACCAAGAAGGCCUGUGACCAGCUGGCGCUGGGGGUGGUGGCGAUCUUUGGACCAUCCCAGGGCUCCUGCACCAAUGCUGUCCAGUCCAUCUGCAACGCGCUGGAGGUGCCCCACAUCCAGCUGCGCUGGAAGCACCACCCACUGGACAACAAAGACACCUUCUACGUGAACCUGUACCCGGACUAUGCCUCUCUCAGCCACGCCAUCCUCGACCUGGUCCAGUACCUCAAGUGGCGAUCGGCCACCGUGGUCUAUGAUGACAGCACAGGGCUCAUCCGGCUGCAGGAGCUCAUCAUGGCCCCAUCGAGAUACAACAUCCGCCUGAAGAUCCGCCAGCUCCCCCUCGACUCUGACGAUUCGCGCCCACUGCUCAAGGAGAUGAAGCGAGGCCGGGAAUUCCGCAUUAUCUUUGACUGCAGCCACAUCAUGGCCGCCCAGAUCCUCAAGCAGGCCAUGGCCAUGGGUAUGAUGACCGAGUACUACCACUUCAUCUUCACUACUCUGGAUCUUUAUGCGUUAGACCUGGAGCCCUACCGCUACUCAGGGGUGAACCUGACUGGGUUCCGGAUCCUCAACGUGGACAACCCCCACGUCUCGGCCAUCGUGGAGAAGUGGUCCAUGGAGCGGCUGCAGGCGGCUCCCCGGGCAGAGUCCGGCCUACUGGAUGGAGUGAUGAUGACUGACGCGGCCUUGCUGUACGACGCCGUCCACAUCGUGUCUGUGUGCUACCAGCGCGCCCCCCAGAUGACCGUGAACUCCCUGCAGUGCCAUCGGCACAAGGCCUGGCGCUUUGGCGGCCGCUUCAUGAACUUCAUCAAGGAGGCUCAAUGGGAAGGAUUAACUGGACGGAUUGUUUUCAACAAAACCAGUGGCUUACGGACGGAUUUUGAUCUGGACAUCAUCAGCCUGAAGGAAGAUGGUCUGGAGAAGGUCGGGGUGUGGAGUCCUGCCGAGGGGCUCAACAUCACAGAGGUCGCCAAAGGCCGAGGUCCCAACGUCACUGACUCUCUGACAAACAGGUCCCUCAUCGUCACCACCGUGCUGGAGGAGCCCUUUGUCAUGUUCCGGAAGUCUGACAGGACCCUGUUCGGAAAUGACCGAUUCGAGGGCUACUGCAUCGAUCUGCUCAAAGAACUGGCCCACAUCCUGGGCUUCUCCUACGAGAUCCGGCUGGUGGAGGAUGGGAAAUAUGGGGCGCAGGAUGACAAGGGCCAGUGGAAUGGCAUGAUCAAGGAGCUUAUCGACCAUAAGGCAGACCUGGCCGUGGCCCCCCUGACCAUCACCCACGUCCGUGAGAAAGCCAUCGACUUCUCCAAGCCCUUCAUGACUCUCGGUGUGAGCAUCCUCUAUCGCAAGCCCAACGGCACCAACCCCAGUGUCUUCUCCUUCCUCAACCCCCUGUCCCCAGACAUCUGGAUGUACGUGCUCCUCGCCUACCUGGGUGUCAGCUGUGUCCUCUUUGUCAUCGCCAGGUUCAGCCCUUACGAGUGGUACGAUGCUCACCCCUGCAACCCCGGCUCCGAGGUGGUAGAAAAUAACUUCACUCUGCUGAACAGCUUCUGGUUUGGAAUGGGGUCCUUGAUGCAGCAAGGAUCUGAACUGAUGCCCAAAGCCCUGUCCACACGCAUCAUUGGUGGCAUCUGGUGGUUCUUCACGCUGAUCAUCAUCUCCUCCUACACGGCCAACCUGGCUGCCUUUCUGACCGUGGAGCGCAUGGAAUCGCCCAUCGACUCUGCCGAUGACCUGGCCAAACAAACCAAAAUUGAGUAUGGGGCCGUCAAGGAUGGGGCCACCAUGACCUUCUUCAAGAAAUCCAAAAUCUCCACCUUUGAGAAGAUGUGGGCCUUCAUGAGCAGCAAGCCCUCGGCGCUGGUGAAGAAUAACGAGGAGGGCAUCCAGCGGACGCUGACGGCGGACUACGCCCUGCUCAUGGAGUCCACCACCAUCGAGUACAUCACCCAGAGGAACUGCAACCUCACGCAGAUCGGAGGCCUCAUCGACUCCAAGGGCUACGGCAUCGGCACGCCCAUGGGCUCCCCGUACCGGGACAAGAUCACCAUCGCCAUCCUGCAGCUGCAGGAGGAAGACAAGCUGCACAUCAUGAAGGAGAAAUGGUGGCGGGGCAGCGGGUGUCCCGAGGAGGAAAACAAAGAGGCCAGCGCCCUGGGUAUCCAGAAGAUCGGGGGCAUCUUCAUCGUCCUGGCUGCCGGGCUGGUCCUGUCUGUGCUGGUGGCCGUGGGCGAGUUUGUAUACAAGCUCCGCAAAACAGCAGAGCGGGAGCAGGUGAGCCCCCCAGAACUGGGGUCUGCGCGGGGAAGGGAAGGACACAGGACAGGAAAGGAAGCGUUCCUUCUGCAGCACCGUGGCCGACGAGAUCCGCUUCUCCCUUACCUGCCAGCGUCGGGUCAAGCACAAGCCACAGCCUCCCAUGAUGGUCAAGACCGACGCCGUCAUCAACAUGCACACGUUCAAUGAUCGCCGGCUUCCGGGCAAGGACAGCAUGACCUGCAGCACAUCCCUGGCCCCUGUGUUCCCCUAGGCACAGGUUGGGUGGGGACCACAGGCCUCGGGGCAGGACGGAGGAAAGCAAAGGAGACUGGAAGGAACGUCCUCAGUCCCUUGUGCUGGGCUUGGGGACCAGAGCUGCUGCCUGCCUAUUGGGCCAGGAGACCCUGCCCUUAACCUACCAGGAAACCAGCAGGCCCCCAGGCCAGCUGCUUGGGCUUCACCCUCCUCUUGUUCCUUCUAUGGGUUUCUAAAGCUGCCAGCCAAGACAGCCAAGGCCAAAGGAAGCACAUGCCUCUCUCAGGCCAAACUCACCUGCCCCUCAACUCUCUUCUACAGUCAGAAGUUUCUACCAUGGCCCUGCAGAGGCCAAAGGAAAUGGGAAACAACUCUUAUAUUGCCACUCCUUCCCCUGAGCCCAGGCCUUCCGGAACUUGACUAUGAGACCAGAGUACCUUGGGUACCUUCAGAUUUUAUAGUUUGGCUGCCAAUGGGAGCUAAAGGUGGGAGAUGGCCACCCUACAUGCCCAGGCAGAAGGAAGACUUCAUCCCGCAGGGGCUGCUCACAUGGUCCUGAUCUCCUGGACUUGACACCAUCCAUGGAAGCCCCUGUUUUGGCAAAGUCGAAGGCAGAGAGCCCCACAGGAGAAAAGAGGAGUUUGGAGUCCAGGAGAGAGGAGAAUGCAGAGACUGUCAUUUUGAAUCCUUCUGGACAAUGUCCCAGUGUGCCCUACUCUUCCAGGAGGUUCUAGGAGUGGAGGAGUGGUCAAAGCAAAUUUUUCUCCACCUUCUGGCCAGAGGAGGAGGACCCCUGAAUCUCUCAUAAAGGAUGCCCAGAGACCCAGCCAAUAUUUGAAGCCCAGAGGAACAGUGAAUUCCAUGGAAAUCCUGCAAGCCCUCGAGCCAUCGAGCCGUUGGAUUUUACUUUGCUGGUUACCAUGCUGUUUUCUAAACCCUGGUGGCAUUAGGGAGCAUGAGCUCUGUGCCAGCUGCUCUUCAGCAGCUCCCCGUUCCUGGCCAGUUCACCUUGACCUUCUUCUGUCAUCAUGGAAGGAGAGAAAUAGCCUAGAUUGAAGUGAACGUCAUCACCCCUCCUCCAAAGAAGAUGGCGUCCUACUGCACAGGCCAGCUUUGGGUGAGGUAGGGAAAGCCAGAGGGGCCCUAAAGAACUCCUGGCCUCCUGGACUUGCCACACCCAAAGAUGCUCCCCAGAAAGAGAAAGUGUUCAGGAUAGCCUCCUCAUAGAGGACCCAAGGGUAGGGAGGGAGAAACUGCCUCCUGGAGAAUUAACCAAAGACCCCACAGAGAGACACAAGGCCAUUAUGGCCCCAGGUCUCUUGUCCAGAGCAGCUGGGACUUUGUGGGGUUUGGGGGUUCAGCAGAGGAGCAGUAGCUGAUGAGUUCAAGUGAAGGAUGGACCAGAUGAUCUGUGGGUGCCAGCUAGCUGUGAUGGAUACUCUAGAGGUCUGUGACUCUACGAUUCUGGGAGAAGUUUUGAGACAUGAAAGGAUUAGGAACAAAGUGUCCUUAAAGAGAACGCGAUGGGGCCAGCAGGGCUGCCCAUGGCCGAGGCAAGGGCAGUCUUCGAGGCAGGGAUGGCUGCUAGAGAUUCUGGACAGGGGCCCAGGAGACACCAGCCACCCCACUCCAUCUCUCUCCUGUUUCUGCUUGGGGACCCUGCAUAGAGAAGAGCUGUAUUUAGGUCUCAAGAACCUUCUCAGCUGGGGUGAAGGGUGAUCUCUAGCUCCCCUCAGGACUCCCAAGGCAGGAGAGCACAGUGGACUCGUGUGAUGAAUACCGUCCCUCUUCCAAACUGAGCUGCAGGGCCAAACCAGCUGGUUCCCAGAAUCACAGUGGCUCAGACAGGCUGUGUGCACCGGAGGUGGGGGAAGAGGGCUGGACAUGCCACGCAGCCAACACAUCUCAUGAUAGGAAAAGCCAUGCUGUCGUGAGCUUCUGGGUGUAGGAGUGUGUGUGUGUGUGUGUGUGUGUGUGUGUGUGUGUGUGUGUGUGUGUGUGUGUGUGUGUGCAUAUAUGUGUGUCUUUGUCUUUGUAUGUGUGAUCUUUGGGGGCUGGGCAUGAAUGGCAAAUUAGAACAUGUAACAGAGUCCCGGGCAGGCAAUAAUAGAAUCCUUUGGGUUCUGACGUGUGUAUGUGAGCAUGUGUGCAAACUGGGGGUGAGCGAGACAAAUCUGGACAAGCAGCAGGGCUCCAUACAUAUAAAAACAGGAGAAGCCAUGUUGUAAUGGGGUUCUGGUGGGUAUACAUAUGUAUACGUCCAUGCUUGUGUGUGUGUGUGCGUUUGGGCACCAAAUGGCAGAGGGCAGAGGACACACUGAAACCCGCAAACAUCGCCAAAUAUGUUUAAAAGGAGAAGCCAUGUCAUCAAGGCGUCUGCAUGUGAGCGUACGUGUAUCUGUGGGCGCAGUGGAGGGCGGGAGGGAGGGCAGAACCAGACAGGUGUGUGGCACAGGGCGAUGCAUGUUGUAUGAGAAACCAUGUGGGAGUGGAGUGUGUGUGUGUGUGUAUGCUCACAUAUGUGUGUUCAGAGACACACAUAUGUUCCAGCUCACAGCAGGAGCAGAGAUGGACAAUCAGGAAGGCAGGGAACCAGAGUCUGUGUGCACUUCUGUCACGGAGAGAGAUCAUUUGUCACAGAGAUCUGCCAAGGUUGCACAGGCAUGGGCAUGGGGAGACUGGCCAAGUAGGGGUGAACCGCUUCAGGGACUCAUGGCUGGUGACUCCUAGCUCUACGUAGAGUGUCCUGUUUGAAGGGAAAAUGACACUUUGGGGGCAAUUCCCAGAUAACCAGAUUCUGAUGAAGAUAUCUGUGAUCUCACCAACCACAGACACAAGCCACUAUCUUUCUUUAGCCAGUCUAAUUUCAUAGCACAUGCUCACAUCCAAGUUCAUCUCACACACAUGUGUAUGUGCUUUUGUGUAUGACACGCUAUGAACGUGUCAUUUCUUCUGAGGCUAUGCACAUAUAUAGACUGUGAUGGGAGGAAGAAAAGGAGGUGGCAUGGGGUCGGAAGACCUUCAUGAAAGGAGGGGGAAAUGGUGGAAAUCAGAGGUACAGUUCAAUUAAGGAAAUCCCCCGACAGGGGCUGAAAUGACAUCUAGAGUCCUAAACAGAGGUGGAAUGAUCUGGCCUCCUGUUCAGGCCUUAUGUCCAUGUGUGUGGAUAGUGUUCAAAGUCUGCCUGAUGUCCUGUGUUUGUCUUGGAGGCCAGCCCGGUGUUCAGAGCACUGCGGAGACCACUUCUGCCCACAUGUGAGCUGUGUCUCUCGCAGGGUACCGAAGGUGCCCACUGCAUCUUGGGGAUGGGGGUGGAGAGCUAUUCUCAGCAAGGUGGGUCAUGUGGACUUAAACUUUAGACCCACCUGCCAGCAGGUGUGGAUCUGACCACAGUGGGUGCUCACGGGCACACACACACACGGAAGCCCUGAGGCUGGUGGCUGGGAGUGAUGGAAGCAUCAUCACUGGUUUGGAUGGAACAGAAGAUGGGACUGGCCUGAGCAGGUGCUGGACUGUCUCUGUCUGGCCCCACAUGUUGGUCCUGAAAAGAAGAGCACCCCUACCUUCCAUCCGCACCUCCCACCCCAAGAUGCCGGUGCUUCCUCUCAGCCUGCUCACACUGGCCAAAUGGAGGGGCGGCAGUGAAGACACACACACCCUCCAAGGCCCUGGGGCUUUGGGGCCAGGGGGCCUCCUGAUCUCUCCCCCCUUGACCUGUUACUGGUCUCUCUUCUAUGGACUGAUAAGAAAACCCUGAGACCUUUGUAUCCAUUCAGGUGGCCCCAUGUUGCAGGUGACUUUCAGUAGGGGUAAGGCCCCCAUGGCUGACAAGCUGACUCUGAACCUCUGAAGGCCGGGAGCACCUACUCCCAUCACAGCCACAAUUCUGCCUCAGCUGGAAGAGCACACUGGCUCCCCGGGCGCUGGGAGAGGGGAAAUCUGGCCCAGGAUGGAGUAGGGGCCAGGCAGUAGUGGGUGAAGGCUCUAAAUAGUUAGAAGUCACUCUCCUCCUUAAACUGGAGAACAGAAGUUAGAGGGAGGCAUACACUCACUGAGGACAGUCCGAGGCUCCCUCCUCGCCAUCGUUUCCAGGGGCACUGAUGUGCGGGGUUUCAGCGGCCACUCCGUCACUCGGCGGGAAGUUGCUCCCUCCCCAAGCCGUUCCCAGCUAUCUGCACAAACAUCUGGAAAUAGGCCCAACUCCGGCCCAUGUCUCUGGUCCUGUGUGGCUAGCCAUCUGGGAUGGGCCUCGCGGUCUGGACGGACAGCUGUAUGGACUUAACAUCUGAGAUGGGCCCCGCCCCGUGGGCAGACGCAAGAAGUAAGCCCAACCCUUGUAGACAGGGGUCUGGAAUAGACACAUCUGGAACAGCCCUAGGCUGGGUGGGCGCAGCGGGACCUGGCCCAGCUGCUUGCCAUGAUGGGAGGGCCCUGCCCUCUGCUCCCAUGCCCAGUUUGAAGCAAGCCCUCAUUUCGGUCCUGGAUUUGCCCUGGAGUUAAAAAUUUCAGCACUGAGGCCAUACAUGAAAGUCACAAAACUGUUUCUGGUGGAAGGUUACUGUUGUGUACAUUAUAUAUAUGAAUGUAAAAAGAUAUAUAUAUAUAUGCUGUAUAUAUAUAUAUAUGCACAGUGUAUAUAUGACCUGUCGCCCAUGUGUAUACGCACCCUUCCCCGCACGUCUGCACACGGAGUGUACAUAACCCAGCCAGUACGGGUGGGGACCAGGAGAGAGGUGGAGGCUGCAGCCACUAAGUCUGGGAUGGAGGCCACUGGGGGCAGGGGCUGUAGAGAGCCCCAGGGGGGAGGGGAGGGGAGGGAAAGGGAAUGCGUACAUCAGAGCUGCAGACCCUGAGCAAGAGGGGAGAAGUGUAGGGCUGGCAGAUGGGCCUUGCACAGCCAGUCCUCCUGGGGAGGGGCAGGAGUGGCCCGGGGGCCUUCUCUGCAUCUGAGAGUGUCUGAGGCAGGACAGCUGGGUUGUGUCAGGAGAGCAGUGUCGUCCCCAUACUUGGAUCCUGAGCCGAUAUGACACUCUGGUACCAGGGCAGUUAACAGGGAGCCGAAGGGCAGGGGUGGAGGGGGCCACUCCCUGGACCUGCCCUCAGUACCUGCCUGCACAGCCACCAGGUAGGCGUCAGGCUCCACCUGGAAUACCGUAGAAGGCUGGAGAAUUCUAGACGGCAAAGGCCUCUGCCUCACAUUCUCACCCACAAGCGAAGGCAGAGCUCCCAGCUAGGGAAACCCUUUUUACAGAGAAUGGCCACCUGGGCAUUGCCAGCGUGCCAGUCUAAUGUCCCGUGCCCUAGGUAUUGACCUUGCCUCCAUCCCCUGCCUUCUAGAACAGACCUCAAGUCACCCCACAGUGUGUCUCUGUUUUACAGAUCAAAGGCCUCCAGAUGCUGGAAAGCAGCUGUAGACCCAGUAAUUGCAACCAAGAGUUUGUCCCACCUCAGACAACCUCCCCAGCCCCAUUUGCCCCCGAGGCCAGCUGUCAGGGAGUUAACAGAGUAGCCCGAGAUAUGAGCAGAACAGUGACAUGGGGUGAAAGAGGGGAAGCCAAGAAGGCACUCCUGUCCAAGCACACUAGGUGCCACCUGUCUGCUGGCUCUCCCCUGCCACACCUCCCCCAGCAGGGCGGUGGCAGAGAGCCCCCGGCAGUACCCUCAGACCUCAGCCCCUGCCCCACCCGGAUCUGUCUGUUCUUCACAAUUCCAGUCCUUUAGCUAGUGGUCCUGCUCUGUCACAGGUCAGAGCAUCUCUGGAGCAUGCGGGAGAGAGACGAUCUGGAGUGGGCUUCCGCGUGGUCAGCGGCCUGCCCUCUUCUUGGGCCCCAGGCCUCAGACUGGUCUGCUCUUAACUGGGUCUGCCUCCGGGGCCCUGGGCAGAGCACAUUUGAACCCCACCCCCUGAGGAGGGGCCUGUCUUAGCUCCAGAACAGGAAUCCGAGGGUCCAGGGGCCCCCACGGCACUGUGCUCCAAGCCCCCAGCCCACCUCUGCCUGGGCCAACUUCUUGGCUGGGCCUCCCAUCAUGGGGACUUGGAUUCCCAGCCCCUGGGCUGAGCCCCCAGACAGCACCAUGUGAGACCCCUGGCCUGUCCCACCACCCAGACCAGAGUGCCUGGACGCCCCCCACUCCCACUCAACAUGGUUCCCACACACUGGUCUCUGGGCCAUUCAGGGGAUGCCCUUUGUGGACAUGCAGAAUUUCUAUGAAUAUAGUUUUUUGUAAACAUUUUGUAACAAUUUGGGUUUCAUAGUAACUGUGUUACUUGCCAAUCAUUCUAGGCUGAUGUAAA